CUUAGUGCUCUUCGUCAGUUUUCACGUGUACGGUUCGUUCGAUCAUCGAUAGAAAAAUAAAUUGUUAACGUAAUUCCAAGCGGGAACGAUGGAUUCCUCUGAUUUUUUCAACUGUGUUGUCAGGGUGAAAGAGGAGCCAACUGAGAUCUCGAGUACUGAAAACGAUCGCGAGAUGAUUGAUGAGAAAUCCGACCCAAAAAGCUUUCAACUCCUACCAUUUCCAUCAGCCAAUUCGACCCAAAAAGUUUACGUAAGUCAUGAAAUUGAACUUGAAGACGGAGUGGAAAUAGUCGUUGAAUGUGAAGACGUCAAGCCCACACUCAAUUCAUUAGCAAUCAAAAUUGACUAUGAUUAUCCAAAUCAUUUGCGGAAUGUAAAAUAUUGCAAUGAUGAUAAAACUCAAAACAUAAUUAAAACAGAGACAUUGAGUGCAGUGAAACAGGAAUUAGUUGUUGACGUUGCAGAAGAAUUGAAUUUGAAUUUCGACAGUAAACUUAUCGAACAAAAUAAAAAAAGAAGGACUACAAAAAAUUUCCAGAACGAACAUAACCUUGAAACACACAUCGGUAUAGUAAAUAGUGAUACAACCCACGUAUGUAAAAUAUGCAGAAAGAUUUUUAAAAGUAAGAGAAGUAUGAAUAGGCACAUCGGAUCAUUACAUAAAUGUAUUACCUACUCAUGUGACAUAUGCGGCAAGCCAUUUUCACAAAAAUAUAAUCUCAAAAGUCACAUCGACCAAGUGCAUAAUAGUAUUGGUAACUGUGCGUGUGACUUAUGUGGCAAGACAUUUUCAAAAAAAGGUAAUCUUAAAGCCCACAUUGAUUCGGUACAUGACAAAAUCAUUUAUGCAUGUGUCAUUUGUGGAAAGAACUUUUCAAGUAAGAGUUAUCUAAAAAAACACAUCGAUUCACUGCACAAUGGUGUUAAACAUACGUGUAAUGUAUGCGGAAAGAAAUUCUCUCAGAAGAGUCAGCUCAAGAUACACAUCGAUUCACUGCACAAUGGUGUUGAACAUACGUGUAAUGUAUGCGGAAAGAAAUUCUCACAUAAGAGUCAGCUCAAGAUACACAUCGAUGUGGCCCACAAUGGUGUCACCCAUACUUGUAACCUUUGUGAAAAAAAAUACUCGACGAAGAGUGAUCUCAAAAAACACAUCGAUUCACUGCACAAUGGCGUUAGACAUACGUGUGAUCUUUGUGAAAAAAAGGUCGUAUUAUGGAACACGCCAAUCACAUCAUGGUGUCAGGGCGACAAAUUUACUCGAAGUUUUUUUCGUGAACUCAAUGAUGCCUGUCAAGAGUUGAUUUGGCAGAAAUUAGUUUUAAAUGCCGAAAAAUUCUUCGAAGGAAUCGCCGCCAAGUUGUAA